UUUCGAUUACAUUAACUGGGAGCAUCUACAUUAUAGAUUCUGUGCGAACAGAAGUCAAAACUUUAAAUUGUACUGGAAUCUCAUGUUAACAAAAGUAUCAUACUUUUAUCUAUGCAUUUAAAGUAAACCUUUCAUAAUGCGAAUUAGGCAGGUUAAGAAUCAUCUGAGUCAAAUUUUAAUUGUGGGAGUUACAUUGUAUCUUGUGAUAUACAUACUGAAAGAUGAUACUAAAGAAAUGACAAUGGAAAUCAACAGAUAUGAAAUAAAGAAAGAAAAUGAUAUUUCAAUGUCGGAUCAAGAAAAAGCGGAUAAAUUAGCGUUGUCAAUGGCGGAAAAGAUGCACGAAAAUGAACGAAGAAAAAUGAAGGCAAAGCAAAUUGAACCCAACUUUUUUUCCGGUAUCAACAAAGUACCGCAGAAUGUGAUGGAAACAAUAAUUGCUCAGGUACCGGGUGGAAAAGAUGCACUUUCACGAGGAGACAAAGUGGCACAAGCUGCUAUGCAACGUCUGUUUGCAAAAUAUAAAACCGAGUUACUGCAAUCAAAAUUAAGCAAUAACAAACUUGCAGAAAACUUUGCAAAGAGGAUGUUUGAUGACCAGAAAAAAUUGGGAGCUUUACCAGAUAUACGAGACGGGCCGCCUUUUUAUGACCCCAAAAGAAUUCCUGGUCUGAAUGAUCAGGACCCCAAUUUAAACCCCCUUGUGGGAUCAGACCCCAAAUCUUUGAUGUUGCAACGUCUUGUGCAGAAAUUAAACCCCAAAGGUGAUAAUAAAAUCUAUCAAAUGCUAGAAGACAAGCUUAUAAACGGAGGGGGAAAUGCAGGUCAACAGGGCGCAGGGAGAAAUAUAGACCCUAACGCUAUGAUUUUGGAAAUACUAGCAAAAAAACAAGGCAAUCCUAAUCCGAAUCUAUUAGCUCUUAUGGGACAACAAUUUAAUAGUAAUCCCAGUUUAAACGUACAAAAUGUCAAUAAUGUUAUGCAACCCAUGCAACCGGUGCAAAAUGAUGGCACUGGUUUGGAUGUCCCAAUCCAAUCCUUAUUAGACCAACCUAAAGAGGACGCUAAAUGGCCUUUAAGUCAAGAGGGCCCGGCUGCUGCUGAUCCUAACCUACCCUUAAAUUGGCAAUCUGGCAUUAAUCAACACGAACUUAUCAAGAUAAAGAAUUUCAUAAAAAAAUAUGAAGGAAAUGAUGGGCGAAUAACAAAAUUAAAAUUAAUGCUGAAUAUUGCGGAACCGCAAAAAGUAGACACGGGAAUGGUAAAUUUAGAAUCUAACAUCGGAUAUGACGGAAAUCAACCACAAAACCAAUUUAUUGGACAGGCCAGCCUAGGAGACGCUAAAUUAAGUGAUUCUGAUUUAAAUUCAAUGGUCGAGUCGGAGGCGAAUUCAAAUGACAAACCAUUGCCUCCUGAAUACAACGUUGGACAUGCGAGUUUAGAUGGCCCAGGAUUGGACGAUUCCCAAAGAUUACCUAAUGUACUGCAUGAGGUCGAGAUAAAAGAUCAAGAAAUUGACUCCAAUCAGAAUGAAAUGAAUUAUCAUCUAGAAAAAAACAAUAUACGUGAAAAUAUUGUUGACAAAAAUGGCAAAAUACUACUUGAAGAACACAACCCUGGACAUGCAAGUUUAGACGGCCCUGGAUUGGAAAAUUCUCAAAACGAUCCAAAUUUCGGUGACAAUAAAAAUAUACUAUCUAAUUCACAUCUGGAGAAACUUAAUCUAAAAGAAAAUAUUGCUAAAUUAGAGCAGCAAAAUGUCGUAAGUUCACAACUGCAAAAUUCUCUCGAUAACAGCCAAGAUGUGGCAGAUGGUAACAAAGCACUCGAAAACUCAGACAAUGCAGAGCAAACAAUCAGGGGGAAUGAAAAUCAAAACGAAGUAAAUGGAAACGAUCAGCAAAACGACCAAGGUCAGGAAAGAAAAGAUGUGAGCAGAAAUAAAGUGAGAAGAGACUUUGAAAAUAACGAAGAGGAAAGUAAGAAAGAAAAAGAAAGGUCGAAGAAGAGUGGACUGACAUUCAUGAGUCCACAAGAAUUUGAAGCAAUGAUCAAAGAACAGGACGGUGGAACAACAAAACGUCCAGAUUUUGAUUUUGGAAAAGUUAGAGUUGUCGUGGUAGACCCGUCCAAAGACAGAAUGGGAAAGACCAUCAAUAUAACGAGAAUAAUGACCGUUGAAGAGUACAAGAGGUGGAAACCUCAGGAAUAUAUAAGAAUGUACGCGAAUCCAUUCCAGAAAGGAGACGUUCCACCGACGUUGAUGCCUUAUGGGCCUGCACUUCUGCGACCUAACCCAAGAUCACUGAUAACAGAUCUGUCAAUGAACGUUCAAACAGAGAAAAUCGAACUUGAUUUACUUAUUGAGAAAAAGAGGAGAAUGGCUAAUGGAGAUGACGAUAUUUUCCAGAUUCCAGAAGUGAGAGAUGAAAUGCAAAAUAAUCCCAAAGAAAUCCCGAAUAUCAUACAUUUUAUCUGGUUUUCUUGCCAUAGAUACAGAGUACACCACUUUUUAAGUAUGAAAAGCGCAAUAAAAGUGCAAAAACCAAGACUGAUUUUACUUCACACAAACUGCGCUCCUAGCGGCCCAUACUGGGAAGAAUUUGUCUCUGAAGCGGGUACAAAACUGAAGAUAGUGAAACGAACUCCUCCCAAUAGAAUCUGGAAUCACAACGUUACAAGAGUGGAACAUCAAUCGGAUGUCGCCAGAUUACAAAUUCUUCUUGAGGUUGGAGGAAUAUACAUGGACGAUGAUAUGAUCAUAUUAAAGUCACUGAACCCACUCAGAAACAACAGCAUGGUUCUCGGAGAAGAAAACUACGAUGCACUUGCAAACAGCAUGGUAUUAUCGAAUCGAAAUUCAUGGUUUUUGCGAAGAUGGUAUCAAGAGUAUCAGACUUUCAAUGGAUCGAAAUGGAGCCAUAGUUCAUGCUUUGUCCCUUGGUCACUGUGGAUGAUAUUCCCAAACACAAUACACAUCGUCAAAGAGACGUUACUGCGACCGAACUGGGAGGAAAUAAAAUAUAUUUAUCACGAAUUAUGGGACUGGUCCCAUAAUUAUGCUAUGCAUUUAUACUCAAGGUUCAUGAGAGCAUUAGAUGGAACACCUGAACGAUCAUUACGAGAACUAGCAAUAUUGAAUACAACGUAUGGGGAAAUAUCGAGAUUUAUUUUGUGGGGUAGCAAAGAGCCAAGAGAUAUUACUGACUGGGUUUGAAAUUAUUGAAAUGAAGCCUUCUUAGCAAAGAAUAAAAUACAAUAAGCUCAAAGCAAAGAUAACUCGAUGUCCACCAAGUGGAGAAAAAAAGAACUGAAAAUUUUAAUAUAAACCAAAUACAGUCUAUCAGAAACUAGAACUAUGAGUCUAUUCACAAUACAAUCUGAAUCUUUAUAAUUAUUACGUUUUGUUGGGUCGUGAAAGUAAAAUAUAAUAGACAUGAAUAAUUUAACCGAGUGGAAAUAAGAUAUACAAUAUCUAAAUGUUAUUUAUUGAUACAUUAUGAGAAAUUCGGAAUAUCCAAAUCCCUUUCCCAAACUUUGAAAAAGAUACAUUACAUAAUGACAUUUGUUUAUUUCUAUACUUAUUCUGCCGCUGGGAUUCAACUCUUAUUAGACGCAACUCAAAUUAUAAGUAUGCGACAAAAGGAGUUUUGUGCUUAAAGCACAUAUUAAAAAAGAUAUAAUGCCACGCAAUUUUUCUCUCUAUAUUAUGUUGAAUAUUCUAUAUCAAUUCAUAUUACAUUGAUUGAUACCAAAAUAACUAGUGCAAAAAAAUUGUACGUAUGACGUAUAUUUUAUUCUUUAUCAAAGUUGAAUAUCAUAUACGAAUGUUGUUUUGCCAAUGUGUGCAUUCUUGUAUAUGUCUUCAAACCGACAGGGUUGGAAUCUUUUGGUCGAGCGAUAUUAUUUGAUAUAUUAUUUGAAACAUCUCUUAUUUUAUUAAAAAUGAUAUUUUUCAUUUUGAAUGUUUUAA